UCGACUGUCUAUGAGCGCUUUUGAAGAGUGAGGUGAGCGGAAGUUUUGCAGCGACGCGCGGAACUAUGGUCGAGCGGGAGAGAUGAGCUUUGUGGUCUGAGAAAUGUGAAUUUUGGAGGACAAUGGUCCUUACUCAGCGGAAAAUGAAGCAAAUCCUUUUCCUUGUGCUCUGCAUAACCUUGGUUUUAUGCUUCUACAAGAGUUGGGUAAACAUGGAAGGAGAACGAACCUUCCGUCAUGAUAGACUCCGAGUUGCAAAGCUUGAGGAAAAGCUCGAGAGGGAGAAUGAAAUUCCUGGCGAGGAGGUCAAUGAUUUGCAGGAAGCAAAAAAUCGCAUCCGCGAGUUAGAAAGUAAAUUGGAAAGCCUCGAGGCCAAAAUAGAGAAUCGAGCACAGAAGAAUUUUCCGCUUGUGAAGUCAUUGAAUUAUAAGGAUCGAAAACGUAUUCUUGUAACAGGUGGGGCAGGGUUUGUAGGGUCCCAUCUCGUGGACAGGUUAAUGAUUGCUGGUCAUGAAGUUAUAGUGACCGACAAUUUCUUCACUGGAAGAAAGAGAAACGUAGAACACUGGGUUGGCCAUGAAAAUUUUGAAUUGGUGCAUCACGACAUUGUUAGACCAUUGUACCUCGAGGUCGAUGAAAUUUACCACCUUGCCAGUCCUGCUAGUCCACCUCAUUACAUGCAGAAUCCUGUGAAGACUAUUAAAACCAAUACAUUAGGCACUAUAAACAUGCUUGGUCUUGCUAAGAGGGUCGGUGCUCGCGUUUUAAUAGCAAGUACUUCAGAAGUUUAUGGAGAUCCUGAUGAGCAUCCACAAACUGAAACGUACUGGGGGCACGUAAAUCCUAUUGGACCCAGAGCAUGUUACGACGAGGGCAAGCGAGUAGCGGAAACCUUGAGUUAUGCUUAUAUGAGGCAGGAAGGAGUCUCCGUGCGUGUAGCUCGCAUCUUCAAUACCUUCGGCCCAAGAAUGCACAUGGAUGAUGGUCGUGUAGUAUCAAACUUCAUUCUCCAAGCUCUGCAGAAUGACUCGAUCACGAUAUAUGGAAAUGGAAAGCAAACUAGAUCUUUCCAGUAUGUGUCGGACUUGGUAGAUGGCCUCGUUGCUCUAAUGGCUUCCAAUUACACUCAACCUAUCAACAUUGGCAAUCCUGUCGAGCAUACAAUAAAAGAGUUCGCGCUGAUAAUAAAAGACUUGGUCGGUGGAAGUAGCAAGGUUGUCGAACUCAAUGCAGUAGAGGAUGAUCCUCAACGGAGGAGACCGGACAUCAGUCGGGCAAAGAAAUACUUAAACUGGGAGCCGAAGGUUCCUUUAGCGGAGGGUCUCAAAACGACCAUAAGUUAUUUUGCUAAAGAAUUACAGCGGUCCAGACAUCCUCAGAAGGACAAUAUCGGCAUAGGACUGAAGCCUUCUUUUAAGAACGAUCAUGACAUCGUCGAACAGUUAUAAUAGGUGGCUCGGUCCAGGCUUGACUUUUGUAUUCGACAGGAUUACGUGGAGAGGAUCACUUCUCCAAGGACCACUGCGUGCCAAAUGAGCCGUCCAGUUCGUAAUCUUUGCGAGCCUGACACGGUUCUACAAACAUGAGUACCUAGGGGUAUGUCAGCAGCCUAUAUACGUUGCGAACAGGUACAUUGAAAUACUUUUACUAACGUGUCUAGUAGUCUAAAGCAUCGGACGAAAAGAGCGUUUCUUAUCUGGGAAAGAGAUGGAGUUAAUUUCAGACUCGUUGCGUUUUCUGCGAAUGCUGUUUGGCCGUUGUCACGAAGACGGUAGAUUUUAUUAUAAGUGACCGCAGCCUUCGUUGAAAAAAAAAUGCGAAUCUUCUUAGCUCUCUUUUUCCUCGACUCACGGGACGCUAUUUUCGGGAGCUUUGCCUUGAACGUCCUUUAUUCGACAAUUAAAAAUUACAAUGAAUCAAAUGAAUGGCCCACUUUGUAUAUACAUGUGAAUGGAACACGCUUUUGAACUGUUUUUAACCUGUUAGAUGUCGUUUAAGAGGAAAAUAAAUCUCAAAAGAAGCCACUUUACAGUACGGUCGUUUCUUCGGUUUGGAUGUUUUGUUAUUUAAGUAGAUCUUAGAAACGAUUAAGGGCAAGGUAAACAGCAGUUGUACGUUCGGAUGUUUGAAACCGGCAAAUGUAGUCGGAUAACUCCUUGUGGUUUGUUUUUUUCUAUAAAUAAAUUAUUCGUAUGAAAAUAA